AUGCCGCUCCCACCCGUCGAGUCUGGACCGGCUGCCAUGACGCGCCGCAACUUCCUCGUUGAGAUGAACCGCCUCCGCGUGUCGCAGUACACGCCGACGAGAAAGCAACUUGAGGAGGAAGAUCUGCGCAUUGCUACCAUUCGCCAAGAGGAGAAGCGUGUGAAGCAUGCGGAAUGGGCUGAGACGCGCAGGAAGGCUGCUGACAGCUACAACGCCGCAGGUACCAACUCUGGUCGCCCGCUUCCUGGCAGCGUUUUGCGUUCGAUGCGUGCCUCGGGCAAAGGCCAGCCAGCGGAGAACACCUACAAACUGGAGAAGGAGGAAGAAGCAGCGAAGAAGCGUGCAUACAACCGCCUAUACGAGCAGGACGCAAAGCACCAGCUGGCGAUUCGCCAAGCGACUUUGAAGCAGAUGCACGACGAUGAAGCCCACCAGAUGGAGGCACUGCGGAAGUUGAACGAGGAGGAGGACCGCAAGGUGGCCGAGGUGCACGCCCAGGCGAUGGAGGAGGAGCGCCAGUACAUGCAGCGCAUGAAGGAGUCAAACAAGCGCGAGCUGGCAGCCAGGAGGGCGGAGCAGCAGGCAAAGGAGGCGCGUGACCGACAGCUGCAGGAACUCGUAAACGAGAACGAUCGCCACCGCGCAGAAAUGGACGAACGCCGGCAAAAGAACGUCACGCUCAUGCUCCGUUUGCAAAAUGAGCAGUUCCACAAUGAAGUUUUGAAGAACAAGCACGCCUCCGAAGCAAAACACUACGAGGAGGUAGCCGCAAUGGAGGAGCGCAACCGUCGUCUUACCAAGGAAGAGCAGGAGGCAGCGCAGCGCAAGAAGGAGCAGUUCCGGCAGGAAUUUGAGGACUGCAUCGCCCGCGAUAAGGAAUUCCGCCGUACGCACAAUUACGACGAGUCUAUGGAGAUGACGCGUCAGCGUAACGAGUUGGCGGCUCAGUCCUACCGCCUCGUGCUGGAGGAGGAGCGGCUGCAGAACGCGGAACGCCGCCAGCAGUACCGCAAGGAUCUGAUGGAUCAGAUCAUGGCGAAGCAGACCUACCGCAUGACGCACCUGGACGAAGCUGGCAUUUAG